GUCGUUCACCGUCAAAAUUUUGUUUCACCUUUAUUAAGGGUAAUAAGGACUUUUUUAAUUUGCAAACCUAGCUAAAGUCCCUCGGUAGCUAAAAGUGCCUUCUACUGUAAAAUGAAACUCAGAAGUACCUUCUACCGUAAAUCUCUCUUUUUUAUCCCGGUAAAUAUUAAAUCCACUUGAUAAUUUCCUUUUAAAUUGUUUUCCGAGGGAUUCAGAUAUUUUCUGGGACGUGAAAGAAUCGUAGAAAGAAGAAAGAAGGAGAGUUGAACAAAUAAAAAAGAAGAAAGAAGGAGAGAAGAAGGUGAGCGUCCUAUAAAGCGUGAAUCAACGCCGAGUUCAUCUUUCCCAGAGGAUCUAAAAAUCGUAUUUGAUUUAACCGACGACGGCUCAAGUCGUGAUCAGUCAUCGGGAUCUGGAUCAGUUUGACCAGAUAUGGCGGCGGAGAACGAGCGAAAAUCUUCUGCGGUCUCCGAUAUGGGAGCUUGGGCAAUGAAUGUGAUCAGCUCCGUUGGAAUCAUCAUGGCGAAUAAGCAGCUAAUGUCUUCCUCUGGUUUCGCGUUUAGUUUCGCAACGACUCUCACCGGAUUUCAUUUCGCUUUGACCGCAUUGGUCGGUUUGGUCUCGAACGCGACGGGAUUCUCCGCAUCCAAACAUGUCCCUAUGUGGGAGCUAAUUUGGUUCUCCAUUGUCGCUAAUGUGUCUAUAGCUGCAAUGAAUUUCAGUCUCAUGCUCAAUUCCGUCGGCUUCUACCAGAUCUCGAAGCUGAGCAUGAUUCCUGUGGUCUGUGUCAUGGAAUGGAUUCUCCACAGCAAAAGAUACUCCAAAGAAGUGAAAGUAUCUGUUGUUGUUGUUGUUGUAGGUGUUGGUAUUUGCACUGUCACUGAUGUCAAAGUGAAUGCUAAAGGUUUCGUUUGCGCCUGUGUUGCAAUUUUCUCCUCAUCUUUGCAGCAAAUUUUAAUAGGUUCACUGCAGAAGAAAUAUUCAAUUGGGUCUUUUGAGUUGUUGAGUAAAACAGCACCGAUUCAAGCACUUUCGCUUCUCGUUGUUGGUCCUUUUGUUGAUUAUCUCCUCAGUGGGAAGUUCAUUAUGAACUACAAUAUGUCUUCUGGUUGCUUUCUAUUCAUCCUUCUCUCAUGUGCUUUAGCUGUGUUCUGCAACAUAAGCCAGUACCUUUGCAUCGGGCGUUUUUCGGCAGUAUCAUUCCAGGUUAUAGGUCACAUGAAAACCGUGUGCAUCCUCACGCUGGGAUGGGUCCUAUUUGAUUCUGCAAUGACAUUUAAAAACGUGGCGGGAAUGAUUGUUGCGAUUGUUGGGAUGGUAAUCUAUAGUUGGGCCAUGGAAUUGGAGAAACAGUCUAAUCUUGCAGCGAAGGCUUUGAACAGUGUGAAACACAGCUUAACAGAAGAAGAGUUUGAGCUUCUGAAGGAAGGUGUAGAAACUACACAGUCGAAAGAUGUUGAACAUGGCCACGCAAAAGCUUAGUCAGAGAUGGUUAGAAACAUAGUCUUCAGGUACAAUUUGUUCUGUUAUAAUUUGUAUUGUUUCGUGUUAUUUAAACCAAAGGUGGUGGUCGAAUAAGGCAGAGAUCAAAUCCUCCCAUUUAAGGAUCCUCGGAGAUUAGUCUACGCUUCGACCUAGGUUCCUUGGUUAUAAAAAGAAUGUUUUGUGUUAUUUAUAUAUUUUCCCAAUUCCAUGGAAAUACCUCCAAUGGUCAUAUGUUCUUGUUUUACCGAGCACUCAGAGUAUUAUUCUUUUCUUUCUAGCUUCUCGAGUCUCAUCUAAGAAAGCAGUUUUUCCAUUCUCUCACUGUCUUACCUAUUUGGGUCUUGUCCUCACGAUGUAUAUAUCACUCACCGUAGUACGGUUUUGCAACUUUUGGAUUUUUAUUUUAUGUUGUUAUUGUGAUGGAUUGUAGAGGCAAUUAGGGGAAUGGAUUUCUG